AUGCUGCUGGGCGCCGGCAAGGGGAAGAGCGUUAGCGUCGGCCACAAGAGCGCCGGCGAAGGCUACACCAUCUACGCCUCCGCCACCGUCGCUGCGAUGGGCUCGGGCUUCAUCGCCAAGGGCCUGACGAUCCUCAACACCGCCGGGCCAGGGAAGGGCCAGGCGGUGGCGCUGCGCGUCGGCGGCGACCUCUCCGUGGUGUACCAGUGCGGCAUCCAGGCGUACCAGGACACGCUCUACGUCCACUCGGGCCGCCAGUUCUACGCCGCCUCCGACAUCGCCGGCACGGUGGACGUCGUCUUCGGCAACGCCGCCGUGGUGCUGCAGAGCUGCGACAUCCAGGCGCGGAGGCCGAGCCCGGGGCAGGAGGACCCGAACCAGAACACCGGCAUCUCCAUCCACCGGUGCAGGGUCUCCGGCGCGCCGGACCUCGGCGGCACGCCGGUCUACCUGGGCCCGCCGUGGCGGAGGUACUCACGGACCGUCGUCAUGGAGAGCUUCCUCGACCGGUCGGUCGCGCCGGCCGGGUGGCUCGAGUGGUCGGGGCAGUUCGCUCUCAGCACGCUGUACUACGGGGAGUACGGGAACACCGGGCCUGAUGCCGGGACCAGCCGGCGAGUGACGUGGGCUGGAGUGCACACGUCACUGUCCAGGUCAGAUGCCGUGAGGUUUACCGUGGCGGAGUUCAUCCUGGGAGACGCGUGGUUGGGUGGCACUGGAGUUAGCUAUAUUUCAGGACUGUGA